AUGGAGUGGAAGCUCCCCAUCAUGGUCCCGUACAUCCCGCUCGAGCUCGUCGACCUCGUCGCCUCGUUCGCCCUCACCCUCGACGACGACUCGGACUCGGAAGCCAGGCGCCGGCGCUCGAAACUCGCCGCCAACCUGUCGCUCGUGUGUCGUGCGUGGCGUGCGCUCGGCCAGGACCACUUGUCGCGCACUCUCGAGCUCUACGAUGGCCAGCCCGACCUCGACUCGCUCCUCGGCCGCCCGCACCUGCUCACCAACGUGCGCGAGCUCGUCGUCAUCAGCGUCGCCGGCGAACCCGAGAUGAUCCAGAGCGUGGCAAGCACUCCAAGCGUGCAAAAGCUCGCCCUCAAGCUCGACCCGGCGGGAUACGGCGGGCGCUUCCCAGAUUUCGCCGCACCAGCACCGUGGAGCGCCGUCAAGGACCUCGUCAUUGGCUUCCGAUGCAUCUGGACGUGGAUACCGCUCCAGGCAAUCCUGUCCCUGUUCCCCCUCGACCGCCUCAGCUCGCUCGACAUCAAGGUCCCGAACGACCCGGCGGAACUCCUUCCCCUCUUGCAGAACACGACCUCGCUCUCGCACCUCUCCCUCGGCCUCGACAAGCGAGAUCUCAUGACUUUCGCCCGCGAGCUCUCGCCCGUCCUCGCCGCCAUGACCUCGCUCGAGACGUUCAGCCUGCGGUACCACAUGGACUCGACGCGCGUGGGCGGCCUGCGCGCCUUCCCUCCCUCCCUCCUCGACGCCCUCCCCCUCAGCCUGCGCAUCGUCGACAUCGACCUCGGCGUGACGGGCGCGACGCUCGGCGCCGUGCAGGCGUUCCUCGCGCAGCGCGUCGACGAGGCGCUCGAGAGGUGGACGACGACGGCGACGCCCGUCAGGGCUGAGCACGAGGAGCAGGCGUCGGUCGUGUGCGUCAAGGUCGGGAGCAUGGGCGAGAGGCGGUGGGUGCUGCAGUAG